AUGCAUGAGCGCUUCGAACGCGACGGAUACCUCUUCGUUAAAGGAUGCAUACCCAAAAAAGCUUUGCUUCAAUGCCGUGAAGCCUAUUUCCAUCACAUGACUCCAAGUGGUCUACUGAAAGAAGGAAGCAACCCAAUCGACGGCACAUUCUCCCACAAAGAUAGUCGCAAAUUCCUCCCACCAGGAAAUCUCCGCCGUCUAUUCAGACUCAAGGACGACGAAGAGAGUGAAAAAUACCUUGAUCUCAUGCUAUCUGCACACGAAGCCCCAUUCUACUUGCACUACUGUGAAACGCCCGAACUCCGAGCCUUCAUCACUCGUUUCAUGAAUUGGGAAAAGCCACACAUGCUUCAACGCACAAUGAUACGUGCUUUUGUUCCGAAUAGCGAGUUGACACCCGUGCAUUUUGAUCAAAUGUACUUGCGCGCUGGUCCACCAACCAGCAUCGCAGCUUGGGUACCCAUCGGUGAUAUUUCACUUGAAGCAGGUGGCCUAAUGUACCUGGAAAAAUCCACUGAUAUUGGCCAGAAAACGGAGGCGGAUUUCGCAGCUAGUGCUCACAAUUUAUCUGAUGAGGAGCGUGUGAGUGCGCUCAAUAAGAAUAUGAAUGAUGGGGGCUUUUUGAGCCGCGAUAUUGUGGCAUAUGGCAAGGAGGCACGGCGUAAGUGGCUUAUCGCGGAGUAUGAGGCUGGCGAUGUCAUCUUUCAUAAUCCAUGGAUGAUGCAUGCAAGUUGCAAGAAUAAGGAUCCUAAUGAUCGAAUUCGGUUGGCGACUGAUUUACGAUUUGUUGAUCCUGAAAAGCCUUAUGAUAACGUGAGUUAUGUCUUAGAUCCGUGA